UACAACUUGUACUCAUUGAAUGACGAUAAAGUUGUGACUUGUGCAUUAUAAUUUUUCUUUCUGCUGCGUUUAAAAUUAAUUUAAUUUCUAUUUUUCAUAGUUAAUUUUUAUCCCCAUGGUUAAGGCAAAAUGUCGUUAUCGGAUGCAGAAUGUCUGAAAGAUACGGUGAAUGUAUUAAUAAAUGCACUCUGUGACAGCGAUAACUCGGUAAACAACAACAUAAUAAAAUCUCUUACGAAAAUAGCCAAUCGGUAUCCAAAUGAAGUAAUAGAAAUAAUAUGUGAAUUUUACAAAAACACUGUUCGAAUUAACGUUAUCCAAACUGGAAAUAUUGUACAGGUGUUAGAACGAACAUGUGUGGGCCAGGUGAAGAAAUUAAAUCCGACAACAGCAGCCGAGCUAGUCAAUGCUAUGCUCAGGGCAAUGACGGAGAACCCAUCCUACGAACCCUCAGUACAGAUGGGAGCAUCUUCAGUUCUUGUUGCUGUGGGCCAUGAGUUUUUGGAUCUGGUACUCAGAAAUCUCAUAAACCAACUCUCCCCGGCGUCAGUGCCGCACUACACGAUCGCGCACACCCUGGGCACGCUUGCUGUCCUCAACACCAGGGACAUGGUGCCGCAUAUCAAGGAGAUCCUGGGCAAAAUGCUGCCACUGUUGCCGCUCGUGAGGCAAGAUGGGCUCAGACAGGCCUUCGCGUAUGCGUUCGGACAUUUCGCUGUUGCGGUGGCUGAGCAAAUAGGUGACAACGUUGAGACCGACAACAUAACAUCGAUAAAGGAUAAUUUUGUCACGGAAUUCUCGAUUGUAUUCGACGUCCUAUACAACCAGUGGUUGCCGUCAUAUGAGCCGAAAGUAUCAGAAUCAGUCCUCGAGGCGUUGGGCCCCAUCACCAGACUCAUCUCAGAGAGACAGUUCAACGAGACCGUCAAUAAAUUUGUACUUUCAUUGCUCUCACUGUACCGAAAACCAACUAUUAACUUCUUCAGCAUCAGCCAAUGUAUUUCGUAUUUGCUAGCUCCAUCUCCACUGAAUCCUAAACUGUCGCUAAAUGACAACGUAAUCAAUUCGAUAAACCACGUUUUAUGCAACUUGGUUCUGCUAGAACCAGAUUAUGAUCAACCGCAUACAGUAAAGAAUCAUUUUGAAGUACUCCGUUGUUUUGAUCACAUGGCAACACAGUAUCCAGACCAGACUAUUGAAAUGCUUUUGCACAUGUGUAAAAAUAAUCAAGAAAGAGAAAGAAUGAGGGCGGUUAUAAUCCUGACACAUUUGACCACGUCGUCACAAGUGUUUAUUGAAAAUUUCGCAUCUAAAUUCAUAACCAUUUUAAAAGUAAUGAUCGUCAUGGAACAGGGUGUUAAAAUGAAGAAGAUUCUCGUCAAAGCAAUAGUUGCUUUAGUGUAUAGAAAUUGUAUAAUGGCCACAGAGGAUUUUGCUAUGGUGGAGUUUAUAGUAAAACACUGUGGUUAUGAAGGCCCCGCUACAGUAUCCAAAACUGAGGUGCAAGACUUACGUGACACUUGUAGAAAUUCAUUGAUUCUUAUGUGCAAUACUGUCACAAGUGUCCGGACACAAUUAUUACAUUUACUCCUAACUGCUCUCACUGUUGAAGAUUUUACACCCUCCAUGUCUACAGUGAGUCACUGUCUCACUUCAUUACUGCAGAAUAAUUCGGAAGUAACUACAGACGAUCCUCCAGACACUGUAGAAUCGAAAUGUUCCCCUGACCUUGUAUUCGUUCGGUGUCUGAUGCACGUAGUUGAUCCAAAUGAAAAGGAUAGAAAUAAGAACCUGUUGAUGUUCCUUGAAGAAUUUUCUGGUGAUGUUCAUAAGAAUUUGAAGAAUUCGUGGACCAUUGAAUUAGAUAGAUUACUCAAGUAUGUUGAGAAAAAUGAAUCUAAAGAGCAAUGGCAUGAUAUGCUAUUGGACUUACUGGUCUCUGCUGUAGAACAAGUUAAUAGCAACAAAUGGGUAGAGAAAAUAUCUUCGUUGUUUUCCCAACAGAUUCUCUCCAAGAAACAAUCGCCUAUGAUCAAAGGCGUGGCUUUACAGUACUUAGCUGUUUUAUCCUGCCAUAUGUCAAACGCUGCUGCAGUCGAAACUGUAUUAAAAAUAAUUCUUCUGGCACUCAAAGCUAUACCGAUUGAAAGUGUCGAUUACGUGAGCAAAGCAAUAGGCAUUGCAUCAAGACAACAUGGAGAGUCCGUACUCAAUGAAUUGGAUGCACUAUACAAAGACAAUGAAGCUAAACGAAGCAAUAAAUUGUUGAAUUUCCUCUCAUCCAGAGCAUCCCAAAAUUACGCCGAACUUGCCAUAGUCAAGUAUGCUCUUAUAACGUGCUACGGAAAAGUUGCACGGGAAUGUCUUGACGUUCACGUCCUAGCCAGAUUAGGAGAGAAUGUCACAUCGAUUCUUUUAGAAAUUCUUAAAUCGGGUCCCGCUUUCGAUCUGUGUAACGCAAGUGUUACAGCACUUUACGAGAUUAGCAAAGCACUCCACCCAGCGUCCCACCAUAAUGUUACAUUGAGAAACCGCUGGCAAUUAUUAAACGCUGUACUGGAACAAAUUUAUAACUCCAAUCUGGAAAAACGGAACGUAGAACUAUAUCCCAUAAUAGUGAAAGCAUCAAAAGCGCUAACGAAGUUGCAAAAAGGCAUUUUACCGGAAGAACGUAAUACCAUACUUCGCGUACUCUUUAACAGUAUAUUUGGGGAACUGUCUUCGUUCAAACGGAAGUAUGAAAUUGAAGGCAACGGUGAUAAAAACGAUUUAUUGGCUAAAACAUUGAACGAUUCUUUAACUUUAUUACAUGAAUUGAUAAAAGAACUGAUUAUUCAGUCAACGUGUUUGAGUACAAUAGAUGAUAUAAUUGGUUUACUUAUGGAAUGGAUUCGUCAUGAAAACGACGAAAUAAGAACGGCUGCUGUACUCGUUCUUCAAGUCGUUUUUGACGCUUAUAUAAAAAAUGUUAAACUGAACUACGAAACUCCCAGUAAAUUCGGUCAAAUGGGAUAUUUAUUAGGCCUCAUUGUGCCCGGCGUAGCUGAUACUAAUUUCCCAGUAAGAUUAACUACAGUGGACUGUGUCAAACUUAUAAUUCAGAUACAAGAUUUAUACGAAGGCCAUACCAUUGAGCCGGAUGACGAAUGCAUGACUAACCUAACCCAGUUACAGAACAAUAUCCUAACAAACGAUCUGUGUAUGAUUAGUGAUUAUUGUAUGAAACUGUGUGACACAAUUUCUCCCAAGAUACCCCAUUUGCAUACGAUGCAAUUCAUAGAGAGCUUGCUUGAAAGCUAUGAUGGACAGGAGUUACGAAGUGUGGGCAUAAGUUCUAUAUUAGAUGCGUUUUACGUCAAGAAAGGGCAGGAUUUGUAUCAAAGUAUCGAGAGGAUAGUGGAAGUUAUGUUGGUGACAAUGGAGCUAGUUAACGAUGAGGCCAGAGCGAGGCUUAUGAGGCCGCUGGUAUCGCUGACGAGGCACCAUUCCAAUGCCGUGACGGCUGUGCUUUUGGGCCAACGGAUUCCGUUAAGACCGUGCGUAGUCAGCUGCUGGCGGCAUCUGGCGCGAGACGAGGGACUCUCCGCAGCCAUUGUGGAUAACUUUCUGCGACUCAUGACAUCUAUAGAGUUGUAUGAGGACCCCUACCACAUCACUGAACAUCACGUAGCGGCGUUACAACCCAUGACUCUCAUUAGCGCUCUGGGUGAGAUGCUGCAAGAGGAAUCCAUGCGGCCGAUAUGCAUCAACAAGUUCUCGGAACUGUUCGCCGUGCUGUACACGACGCUCGCUUGCUACGUGGAGGCGGAGCCCCCGGCGUACGUUGUCCCAACCAAUAAGGGUCAAGAGCGCUUCGGGUUCAUUCCCAACAGAGAAGCGAUCAAACUGUCCCCGGCCAGGAUCACCGUGAACACGUUUAACAGUUUCCUGGAGAGAGCUGAUUGUUAUAAGGUGAAAGAGGCGUGCUCGCUGUGCCUCAGCAUAGAGCACGGGGACAGCACCAGCAUUAUCCUGGAACUGGCACCCAUCCUGGGCAGUUCCCUCAGCCGCUCGUGCCCGGGGCAGCUGACGCGGCUGGUGGGCGGCGUGGCUGGGUACGCGAGGUCACCUUUACCACCUCAACGAUGCGCUGUCAUCGCGCUUCUCGCUGAUCUAUUGAACUAUCGCUGCAACGACAACCCGGUGCUGAUCGAGAGCGUGGUGGCGACGCUGGACGGCGGGUGGAAAGACGCGAGUGCGCGCGUGCGCAGCGCCAGCCUGCGCGGCGCCGCCAACCUGGCGCGCCUGCGCGGCGCCGCCGCCGCCGCCGCGCUGCCCGCCGCCGUCGCCGCGCUCAGCCAGGGCGUCGAUGCGCAGAUGAUGCCAUCGGCCAACGAGAACGUUCCCCUGGCUGCCAUACAAGGUCUCAGUCGUCUUCUGACCGAAAGUGACAAACUGGAUAAUGAGUUCGACCGAGAAUUGCUUGCGAUCUCCCAAAAAAUCCGCCCCUUCAUGAAUACGGAUUGCAGCCAGUUAAGGGAGAACUCCAUUCACCUCUUCGGCAUUAUCGCGGAGAAGGUCAAGUCUGAGGGUUUGGUGGAACAGGCCAUAAAUUCCCUGCCGUGCUUCUUGCUGCAUCUGUGUGACACCAAUCCUGCUGUUGUGAGGGCGUCAAAGUCGACUCUCCGGCAGCUGUUCCGAACGUUCAACGCGCGCAAGUCGAACGAGUUCAUCCAGACGCACCUGGUGGACGAGGGCCGGCUGUACCUGGAGCAGUUCCUGUGCGCGCUCGUGCGCCAGCUCGCGGACGAGCGGCCCGCCGCGCUCGCCGCCUGCGUGCGCGCCCUGCUGCCCUACCUGCACUGCGCGCGCGACGCGCUGCGCCCCUACGCGCCCUUGCUGCUCGGAUAUCUUUACGCGGAUCUAGACCGUAUCCAAGCCCAAUACCCAGAAGAGACCCGUCUGGAACCCGACAUCAUUCGCUCAGCCAGAUCCAGACUCUUGCAGCUUAUAAAGGACCCUAACCCUCUAGUGCGGCAACAUUCCGCGUUCGCUCUGGCCAAUAUAACCCUUGUGUGUACCCAAAUAUGACCCAAGGUCCGACUCACUUCGCAUUUGGUCGAUGGUAAGAUUGUUAACAGGAUAUUUAUUGUCCAAUGAUGUACUUAGUGGCCUUUUUGUAUCAGGGUGGUUGGCGGUUCAAAUGUGAUCCUUAUGACUAUCACAAUAAGAUAUCUACUUGAUGACGCAUUUGUUUAACUAUCUUGUAUGAUGUACAGGGUGUCCCGCAGAUGGUUGUAUGUGCUCAAUGGUACUUAUAGUUUUGCAAACGAUGGUUACGGGAAAAACUUAAACGACAAAAUGACUUUUUUAUUAGAUUUUUUCUUAAAAAUCUAUGUUCGCUCAGCCAGUGUCUAUGAAAACAAUCUUAACCGUAUGUGUGAAGGUGGCAAAAGUGGACACGUGGCCAGUUAUGGAUGUACCCAUAGAGUUUUAAGGAAUCAUCUAAUAGAAAAAAACGCAUCGUUGUUUUUAGAUAAUAUUUUCGUAAUCUGCUUAUUAAAAACUAUAAGUUCUGUUGAGCACAGUACCAGCUAUGAAUCACCUGUAUAUAUUGCUUUUUUCAAUUUCUAUUGAAUUAUUCAACAGCUAAUUCGAUCUCAUUUCAUUCAAAAUAAGAGAAAGUAAGAGCUGUAACUUGAAAAAUCUGGUCUAUAUUAUUUUGUAGUUGUUUAAUAAAAACUCGAAUAUGAAAUUGUUAUAUAAUAUAAACAAAAUAGUGUACUCAUAAAACAUAUAAUAUAGGAAACAUAAUAUCUUUAUAAUAUACACAUGCAUGGCCUUCAAUGUUAACCCAAUUAAAAUAAAAUAAUGUUAUUUAGUUUAUUAUAUAUAUUAUUUAUGUUAUUUCUUAAAUUCUAUCUAUAUAUAUAAAUAUAUCUAUACUUGUAAGUUUAAAUGAGGGGGUUGUUAUUAAUUACUAAAAUAUUUAUAAUGUUAACUGUUCAACUAAUCAAAUAAACGAGGAUUAAGUUUAAUCAGUUGUUUAAUAUCGUAUCCGAUAUUUUAAAUUCGUUCUUGAUGGUCAAUGAAUCUGAUAUGAAUAUUUCGUUUCGUUGAAAUAAAUUUUUUUUCUGUUGAUACAAUGUUUUUUUGUAUUUAAGUUUGAUGUUGACUUGAUUUUUUGAUAUGUUAAAAGCAGAUUAGCGAAUCAAUGUAUUUAUUUUUUUAUGUCUAUCAUUUGUUUUAUCAAAUAGAAAAGAAAAUUAAUUAUUAUUAAUAAGAGUAAUGGAUUUAGAAAUCGAGUCAUCGCUAAAGGUGUGAUAUUUAGAUUUAAGUGAUCAUUGUUGCUUUUAUAUAUUUAUAAAGUAGGGACAGAAAUAAAAAAUAAAAAAAAUUAAACAACAAAAUUAAUUUUUCUGUACACUGGAAUAUGCAUGCAUUUUAUAUACCAGUUAAAAUAAAAUGUAUUCAUAAAAAUAUGAACUGUACUAAAACUAUAAUGUUUUAUUUUAAAUAUACCACAAAUUAUAAAUUUUGUUAAUCAUCAAUUAUUUGUUUAUUAUCGAACCCAACACCAAAAUUAUACUCCUUGUUUAUUAUUACUUAACUAAAGUACAUUGUAGGCAACACUAUGAUUUUUUUUAAUCUGUCAAAUAAUAUUUAUGCUAUUAAAUGUUAAACUAUUUUAAAGAAAAAUUCUUAAGAAGUUUUUUGGCUAGGUAUAUUUCAUAAUAAUUAAUCUAUUUUGUGGCCGGUUGCAUCGCUUCUACAUAUGUCCUGUUUAAAUUAUCUGUCAGUUAAAAUUACAAAUGAAAAUUUACGUCAAGUGUCAGAUAGACUAACAGGGACAUUAUCGGUAAGUAGUGUAAUCGGUUAUGAGACUAGUUUUAUGUAUUUCUUAUAGUAAGGUAAGUGGUAUUUGUAAAUGGUUCUUAUAAAUCUUAUUCUCGAAUUUGAAUUCGUAUGGUCCAUCGCGCUGGCCUUUGAAAUUAAACAAUUCGAUAUUUAAAAGCGUUUAUUAAAGACAAACAUUCUAAAAUACAUUAUUCCAAAAUAAAUAUUCUAAAAUAUAAAACGUAUGUAUAUUUUGAUGUUGAAAAUAAAGCUUAUUGUUACUGA